UGCCCCUUAUAAGGUUUAUGCUACAGAGUUUAUGCGUGCCAAUAUUAGAGAGAUUUGGAAAAACUUGUUUAGUGCCCGUUCACUAAUAAUUGCAAGGUGUAAAUGAAUUAAUGCCAGACAUUAUUUUCCUAUCAUAACAGUGUUAUGCGAGCUGGCAAAGCAAGGGGUUAUUGAGAUUUCAUUUUGAUUUGUAACCUAUAGUGUGUGUUUAGACUAUCUAGUAUUUCUGUAUCAGUGUUAAAUGAAUCACUUAAAAGUAUUAUUAUAUCUUGGACAUAAUUUUAUUUUAAAAGUGCUUAAUAAAUAGAUUAUGGGAUUACUCAUAUGUUUGAGAACUCAUGGAUACACUAAGGUGUCACGGAACCAACCGAAAUGAAAUAAGAAUGAAAUUAUAGCAAGCGUAAAUAGUGCACAAAUAACGGCAGGCUGUUUCCGUAACACUAUCUUGAAUCCACGACUUCUCAAACAAGUUUUGCAGUAACACGUGAUUUGUGGACUUAUUUUUGUUGACUUAUAGAUUUUGUCAUGGAGAAAAUAAAUAAAAGACUGCGGUUUACAUACGACGAUGAUUUAGCAUUAAUUAGAGAAUUUUUGUGUGAAAAUCCGACAAACAAGCCAGAAAGAUGGGAAGUUAUUCAAAAGCGAUUAGAACAGCAGACUGGAAAGUGCUUUUUAAUAAAAACCCUGAAAAGCCAUUUGUUUCUGUUACUGGAAGGCUUUGUGAAAAAAGACAAUGCACAUCAAAAAACGUCUGGAAUAGAACCUUAUUGCGAGAGGGACACUCUACUCCAAGAAGUUCGAAAUUUGUGUAGGGCCACACAAUUUUUAAAUAAGAAAAAACCAAUAUCCAAAGAAAUGCAAAUAUUGCAAUUAAUAAAAGCGGAGCCAGAAUCAACUGCAAAUGAUGAUUCACUGGCUAACACCCAAAUUUUGUAUUCGAACGAAUACGAAAUAAGGCAACUUACAGACAAUGAGGAUGACAAUUUUAAGGCUGUCGACGUAUCCAUGAGUGAUCUUAAGGGCACAGCAUUUGAAGGGUCAAUUUUAGCCAUUAAUAUGCAACAAGAGGACGAAAUUCUUCUUCAAAGUGAUGAUGGAGAAGUUGACCCAGCAAAAAAACCGUUAAUAAAUACACCAGUUAAAAGAAUAAUGACUGCAAAUAGGAAAAGAACAAAUGUCAUUAAAUCUGCAAGGAAAAAUGCAAAUGAUUAUUUAAAGGAGAAAUCAGACAGAGAACAAAAAAUUAAAUUAAAGCAAAUAGAUUUAGAGGAUAGGAGGCUAAAAAUUCAAGAAAGAAAACUUGUUCUUGAAGAAAAGAGAGUAGAGGUCGAGUUAUUAGAGCGACGAGACAAAAGUGAUUUGGAAAAAGCAAGAAUAAAUCUGGAGGUUACAGAAAAACAAAAUCUUCACGAGCUUAUCAAGUCGCAGCAAACCAUCAUUAAUCAUUUGGUAUUACGCUUACGAAAGUAUGAACCUGAAAUGUCGUAAUAAUUGGUUACCUGCUUCUAGAAUUCUUAGUUCCUGUUGGUUCCUAAGAAUAAAACGACUUGAAUUUA